AUGAUUUCCAAUCCAAAUCAUGUUUUCUAUGCUUGCAUUGCUAAAGGACCUACAGUUCUUGCUGAAUUCUCAUCAUCAAAAGAAUCUGGAAUUGAAAUCAUUGGUCAAAGAUGCAUAGAGAAAACCCCACCUAACCAUUCCAUGUUUUCUCAUACAAUCGGCAACAAGACUUACUCUUUUUUAAUUGAUGACCCUUUUGCCUAUUUUGCUAUUUUUGAUGAGGAUCUCCAUAAGUCUGAGUCUUUAUGGUUUUUGAACCGUGUGAAGGAUGGUUUUGGGGAGUUUUUGGUGUCUAAGAUGGUCAAAGAUGGUGAAAAGAUGGGUUCUUUCUGUUUCCAAGGUGAAUUGCGGUUUAUGUUUAGAGAUAUAUUAGCAUUGGAUGCUGACUUGGUGAAUGCUUUAACGGAGGAAUCAUCAAACGAUAGUAGGAAUCCAAGCUUGGAUUCAACGAAAGGGAAGGGUGCUGUGAUUAAACCUUUGCUUCCAAAGCCAAGUAAAGUUUUGAUGAUGAAGAAGAAGAAGAGAUCAUCGGGAGAGGCUAAUGGAGAUCAUCAUGGUGGUGAUUUGGAUAAUAAUAAGGUGAAUGGUGCUGGUGAGAAUGGAAGUAGGGAGUUUUCGGUUUCGAUGAUGCAAAAGAGUAAUGGGUUUUAUCUGGGGGAUGGUAAGCAAAAGGCUAAACAGAUUUGGAAGAAGCAUGUUUGGGUGGUUUUGAUAUUGGAUUUGAUUGUUUGUGCUGUUUUGUUUGGGGUUUGGUUGUGGGUUUGCAGGGGCUUUAAGUGCAUUGAUGGUUGA